AUGGCCGCUGCGGCCUGUGCUGAAGCUGGAACAAAAAAUGUUUCCGCAGGCACCCGCUUUGCUGCUGGACUGGCCAGGGGCGAGAACAAGCACAAUGCUGAACGAGAUAUCAUGGCUGCUCUGAGACGCAGCCAUGGUGUUCCUCUGCAAUGCAAGAUUUCUUAUGUGGUGAUUCCGAUUGUGGAAAUCCGGCAAGUGCGGCGACUGGCCGCAACGACGCGAGCUGCAGAGAUGAAGGGGCGAGGCAAAGGCCGUGGACGUGGCCGGGCUGCUCGAGGUAUGAAUUUCCUCAAGCGGAAAGGAGUGGCCGAGAAGGUCGUUGUGUACAAGAAAUGGCCCAUGCUGCUGCCUUCGAACUUUGCACGUGCCUUCGCAGAGGCGGGUGCCGACGAGUGGAUGCAACACCAUGUGAACACAGACUUCAAUGCCUCCGCUCGCAAAUCGGCUAUUCCUGUCCUCGUCCAUGGGGACGAGGGACAAGGGAAGAAGGAGAGGAAUUUGCUGAUCCUCAAUUGGCAUGUGAUGGGUGCCCAAUCCAACUCCGUGCUGUUCCGGAAGUUCCCCAUAGCGGUGAUCAGAUCGGCCAACCUCGCUUACUCUAGCUCUGGGAAAUGCUUGACAAUGGAAGCCUUGCAAACAGCCGUGGUUCAGUCUUUAGCUGCUGUCGCUCACCCUUCUACUGCAGGGAUUCGUGGUGAUGCUACAUUACAAUAUUGUGCCGGCAAGGGAGACUGGAAGUUUAAGAAAGAGUGGCUGUGCGAGAAGAAGGAUUACUCGCAUUUGGCAUUUUGCCGUCGAUGCAAGUGCGGCCAAGGUCCCGAUGAGCAUUGGUUGGACUCAUUGCAUUUGAGUUUCAACAAGCCGGAGGAGGUUUCUGCAAACCUUCACGCGAAUGUGCCCGAUGACCUGCCGUUCAGACGCUUGCAAAGCUGGCAUAUGGACAUGGAAGCCUGCGACCUGCUGCACGUGUUGUGGCUUGGUGCCGCAAAGGACUCGAUUGGAUCGGUUCUUCUGGAGAUCAUUACAUUCGAUCCUCGCUUCCAAGCUUCUGUCAGUUACGAUACGGCUUUGUCACAAGUGGCGACUCUGGUGCAAGAUUUCUGCUCUCAAUAUGGCCUCGACAGAUCCAUCGUCGAGGAACUCAGCUUGCAGAAGCUACAUGUGGACAGCAUCCAGUACGAUUAUCCGCUGGGCCUUUCCAAGGGUUUCGCCAACAAGGUUUUGUGCUCAUGGGCGGCACACUUUCUGGCAGACACGACUGUGCCGGAGCUGCGGAGGCCAGCUGUCAUGAUGUGGGCGCUCAUGAGUUUCAACUAUGAGCUGGAGCGAAACGACAUGUUCUUCGACGAGGCCACUGCAAAGCGGAUUUACAGUCUGGGCUUGCUGUAUGUUCAGCUGCACACCAUGUGUGCGAAGGACUGCCUGGCUGAGCAUCGUCCAAGGUGGAAAGUGCGUCCGAGAAUGCACUCGUUCCUCUGUGAAUGUCUCUGCAAGCUGGCAAACGGCUCGAAGAUGAACCCGAAGCACUUCAGCUGCUGGUCCGAUGAAGAUUAUAUCGGGCAGUCUUGCGCCAUAGGCAAGGCUCGCAGCAUUCAUGCAACGACCAUAGGUCUUAGGUUGCUGCAAAGGCUUUGCUUGGUACUCAACGCUGAGCUCGCUGGGCCG